AUGGCCUCACGGAACCUCUGUAAGUCCACCACUUCCUCUUUCUUGUCCAGUUUCACCGCCCUUCCCCGAACUGGAUGUCGCUCCUUUUCCUCUGUUCCAGUCCUCUUUGCGCCCCGACAACAAGUUUCCUCCAAAGACAAGGCAGCAAAAGAGAAGGCCAAAAAGAAGAAGAAGAAAUACCAAUUUUAUAAGCAGCAUGACAAGACAGACCUCGAGCUAUUCACCUUGUGUGAUGCCAUGAGAUACAUCAAGGCUUUCGAAGUUCGACGAGAUCCCGAUGUUCCCAAAUACGACAUCCACAUUAAAAUGCGCACCAAGAAGGAUGGCCCCAUCAUUCGCAACCAAAUCCGCCUGCCGUUCGCAGUCAAGACAGAUAUUCGGGUCGCAGUGAUAUGCCCUCCCAAUUCAGCAGCUGCUCAAGAAGCUAGAGAGGCUGGCGCUGUCAUGGUUGGUGACGAAGAGAUCUUCAAGCGCGUCAAGGAUGGGAAAAUUGAUUUCGAUCGAUGCAUCGCGGUACCUGAUUCUCUACCGAAGAUUAAUAAGGAAGGCCUGCCUCGUGUACUUGGACCUCGGGGUCUCAUGCCGAGUUUGAAAUUGGGUACAGUGGUCGACAAGCCUGGUCCUGCUGUGAGGAACCUGCUCGGUGGCAGUUUAUAUCGAGAGAGGCAAGGAGUUGUGCGUAUGGCCAUUGGGCGGCUUAGUUUCACGCCUGAGCAAUUACGAGACAAUGUCCGAGCAUUUGUGAGUGCUGUCAAGAAAGACGCGUCAGCGAUCAGUGAAUCGGUCUUGAAGGAGGUUACUGAGGUGGUUCUGAGCUCCACGAAUUCACCUGGGUUUCCACUGAAUGGCGAGUUCUACAAGGCAGCGCCGGGCCAACCUACCAUCCAACAGCUGUCCGUUGCAUAG